UCAGGUGGUUGGUGCGGGCGAGAGAGUGCGCGCGCGCGUGAGGGCGAGAGGGCGCGCUCACAGAAACUUUGUGCCUGCGGGUGCGCCUCGGGCGGGCUCGCCGGCUGCGAGAGCGGCGUGUGGGCGGCCGGGGGCGGAGGGGCCCGGCAGGCGGCGGCGGCGGUGGCGAUGCGCCGCGCCCCGCCGAGCCCGUCCCGCCGCGCUAGGUGAGGCGGCCGCGGGAGCGCCGGCCGCGGCCAUGGGCACCCUGGGCAAGGCGAGAGAGGCUCCGAGGAAACCUUCUCAUGGCUGCAGAGCUGCCACUAAAGCAAAACUAGAGGCGAAGUCAGCCAGCAGCCCCUUCCCUUCUCAUCCCAGCCUGGCCCAGAUCACCCAGUUCCGCAUGAUGGUGUCUCUGGGACAUUUAGCCAAAGGAGCCAGCCUGGACGAUCUCAUCGACAGCUGCAUUCAAUCUUUUGAUGCUGAUGGAAACCUGUGUCGAAGUAACCAACUGUUGCAAGUCAUGCUGGCCAUGCACCGAAUUAUCAUUUCCUCUGCUGAACUGCUCCAGAAAGUUAUCACCCUCUAUAAGGAUGCCUUGGCAAAGAAUUCGCCAGGGCUUUGCCUGAAGAUCUGCUAUUUUGUAAGGUACUGGAUAACAGAAUUCUGGAUCAUGUUUAAAAUGGAUGCCAGCUUAACACACACGAUGGAGGAGUUCCAGGAACUGGUGAAGGCCAACGGGGAGGAGCUACACCGCCGUCUGAUUGACACGACCCAGAUCAAUGCCCGUGACUGGUCCAGGAAACUGACUCAAAGGAUAAAAUCAAACACCAGCAAGAAGCGUAAAGUCUCCCUGCUCUUUGACCACCUGGAACCAGAAGAGUUAUCUGAGCACCUCACGUACCUUGAGUUCAAGUCCUUCCGGAGGAUAUCCUUCUCCGAUUAUCAGAAUUACCUUGUGAACAGCUGCGUGAAGGAGAACCCCACCAUGGAGCGGUCCAUUGCCCUGUGUAACGGCAUCUCCCAGUGGGUACAGCUGAUGGUUCUCAGCCGCCCCACCCCGCAGCUCAGGGCAGAAGUCUUCAUCAAGUUCAUCCAGGUGGCUCAGAAGCUCCACCAGCUACAGAACUUCAAUACAUUGAUGGCUGUGAUAGGUGGGCUGUGUCACAGCUCAAUCUCCAGGCUGAAGGAGACAAGUUCGCACGUCCCACAUGAAAUCAAUAAGGUUCUGGGGGAGAUGACCGAGCUCCUGUCCUCCUGUAGAAACUAUGACAACUACCGGCGAGCCUACGGGGAGUGCACCCAAUUCAAGAUUCCCAUCCUGGGGGUGCACCUCAAGGACCUCAUCUCCCUGUACGAGGCCAUGCCCGAUUACCUGGAGGAUGGGAAGGUGAACGUCCACAAGCUGCUGGCUCUUUAUAAUCAUAUCAACGAACUGGUCCAGCUGCAAGAGGUGGCCCCACCCCUGGAAGCCAACAAGGACUUGGUGCACCUGCUGACGUUGUCCUUAGAUCUCUACUACACUGAAGAUGAAAUCUAUGAGCUGUCCUAUGCCCGGGAACCAAGGAACCACAAAGCCCCACCACUAACACCUUCAAAGCCCCCAGUAGUAGUGGACUGGGCUUCUGGAGUAUCUCCCAAACCUGACCCAAAGACCAUAAGCAAGCACGUCCAGAGGAUGGUGGACUCGGUCUUCAAGAACUAUGAUCAUGACCAGGAUGGAUACAUUUCUCAGGAGGAGUUUGAGAAGAUUGCCGCCAGUUUCCCCUUUUCCUUCUGUGUGAUGGACAAAGACAGGGAAGGCCUCAUCAGCAGAGAGGAGAUAACGGCCUACUUCAUGAGAGCCAGCUCCAUCUACUCCAAGCUGGGCCUGGGCUUUCCUCACAACUUCCAAGAGACCACCUACCUGAAACCUACUUUCUGUGACAACUGUGCUGGAUUUCUCUGGGGAGUGAUCAAACAAGGAUACCGAUGUAAAGACUGCGGGAUGAACUGCCACAAACAAUGCAAAGAUCUGGUUGUGUUUGAGUGCAAGAAGCGAGCCAAGAACCCAGCAGCAAUAACCGAGAACAGUACCCCUGGAGGGCCAACAUCCAGCCUUUGCUCACUGGGAGCCAAAGACCUGCUCCAUGCACCUGAGGAGGGACCUUUCACAUUCCCUAAUGGGGAGGCUGUGGAACACAGUGAGGAAAGUAAAGAUCGGACCAUCAUGCUCAUGGGAGUGUCCUCACAGAAGAUUUCUGUUCGGCUGAAGAGGACUGUCGCCCACAAGGCCACCCAGACAGAAUCCCCGCCUUGGCUUGGCAGUGAGCGUCCCUGUGGCCCCUUUGUGCUCUCUUCCCCAAGGAAGACAGCCCAGGAUACUCUGUAUGUGCUUCCUAGUCCCACAUCUCCUUGCCCCAGCCCAGUCUUGGUCAGAAAGCGGGCUUUUGUCAAGUGGGAGAAUAAAGAAUCCCUCAUAAAGUCAAAGGAGGAUCUCCGUCAUCUCAGACUGCCAACCUACCAAGAGCUGGAACAGGAAAUAAAUACCCUGAAAGCAGAUAAUGACGCUCUAAAGAUCCAACUGAAAUAUGCACAGAAGAAAAUAGAAACUCUCCAACUUGCAAGAAGCAAUCAUGUCUUAGCUCAGAUGGAGCAGGGUGACUGUUCUUAGCCAAGAAUCUCAAGGAGCACAAUGUGUAGAUGAGUAUAUCAGAGAUCUCACUUAACUAAAAUAAAUAACAAACACCUGGUGUACCUUAGAUCAACCAGCUCUUUUAAAAGGUCACUUUAAAAGAGAAAAGCAAGUUACUUUUUUUUUUUUUUUUCCUUUAACCUAGUAAGUGGAACUGUCUUCUCUUCCAGUCACUUGAAUCAAAGGGGAGGAAAGCUGAAGAAAGCAAAAUUUUUGCCAUUCACACCACAAACAUCUGCCACCCCCCACCCCAGGACUAAUACCUACAGCUUGAUAAAAACAUGGCUGUAGUUUUCUGACAAGGUAGCUUCUCCUAUGUGGCCUGCCUAGCUACUUCCUCCUUAGAACUAAAAUCCCUGGAAAAUGAAUUUGCUUCCUUCUGUGGGUUUUCUGGGAGCUGAGGGAUUUACCCUGUUCCAUCCAAAGCUUGCUUACAGUGGAAAAAUACAUUCCACAAACAGCUUUACUUCCUCUGUAUUCCAGCAUUCUUUUCGAAUCUGGUUCCCACUUCACUACCUCAGAUCUGAUCAACUAGCCUUCUCCCACUCCUUCCUCACUAGGCUCAUACUCACAUGAGAAUAUCUACCUACGAAUAAACAUCUAGAGAUGGAGCCACAGAUCAGGGGGGAACAUUAUCCAAUUACAGGUCAACUCAUAGUUUUAGUCACACAGUCAUAAGUAGCCAAACUAAACACCUAGAAACAUGGCAAAUACCACUUGAGACAUGACUGGCCAGGUAGCUAAAAUAAACAUACUACAAACAUGAUGUCUGUCCUCACAGAUGUACAUUGGAUAGAAUUAGGAACUUCAGGCUUUUUGAAAAAGAGUCUGUUAAACUUUUCAUGUGCCAUCUGUUUUUUUUAUUUUUAUUUUUGGAAGUUAACUAUUUUGAACUGAAUUUGUGCUUACACGGUCUUAAUACUAUUUAGAAAUAAGCUAAUUGGAUCAGAGGCUUCAAUAACAGCCCAGAGUGUAUAUGUGUAUAUUAUGUAUAUACAAUAUCAAGCAUGCAUGUGGCUUGGAAUUUUGUCUCCUCCUUCAUAAAAUGUGGAAUUAAACAACUUUUAGUCAUUUACACAAAUCCACAAAGUUGUUUGUUACAAGAUAAAGAAAUAGCUCACCACAUAAAUUGUAUUGUUGAGCAAAAUCACAAGAAUCCGAUGAGCUUUCUGGUAAUGAAGGUUAAUGAUAAAUGGGCUUGUUUAGUUGGGCAACUGUUUAUAAACUCCUUUAUCAGAUUCUUGAUUUCUCUAAAAAGUUCAAAUUAUCAUUCUUUUUGAGGGGAACUUACCUUCCAUGUUGGAAAGCUUGGUACCAAGCAGACUUGAAAUUCAUACAAGUUGACCAACAGCCAAGAACUUAAUCUCAACAAUUUAAAGUUCCAAACCUAAAGCCAACAACACCAAAUCUUAAUCAGAAUACAAAGAACAUAUACAGUAUAGCUUCCUUGGAGGAUUCAGACUAUUUAAGAAGUUUCCUUGAUGAAAGACCAGUUCCCAUUUGCAUACCUCCUUGCUCUGAGCAUUAAUGACAAAGCUAGUGAGUAGCUUUCAGUUAGUGUUUCAAAGAAUUACUUUACACACAAAUUUACCCUUUCCUAAAUCCAAAGUCAGAAAUCCCCCCAGAAGGCUGAUUAAGUCCAUCACCUGGUAUCUAACUUAAGAAGCACUUUGCUACUUACCUUAUAUGGAACAAAUUUAUGAUAAUCUUUAAAAUUCAUACUCUUCACUGUUCUUUUCCUCUAUAAAGACCAAAGGUGGUACAGCUCAAUUUCUUUAUAUAGUUAUCUAACACAAAUUUUUUUUCAUUCUCCUUACCCUCCAAAAUACAGACCCUAGGUUAGUUUCUGUGUAAUCUGUAAUCCUAAAACUCCAAAGGUCAGAACUCCGUUAAUCAGUCAAAUGUAUAUAGCUAGAGGUCUCAAACAUUCCAGAAUUUAUCACUGAAAUGGAUAAGAAGCAGUUUUAUCACAAGUUUUUGCAGUCCAGCAAGGGCCAAAGAACAGCAUGUAAAUUAGUAUUAUUUGCACUGAGUUACAUGGGAUUAGUGGAAUAUAGAAAUAAUCUGGAAAAAAUUUUGGUCAAGCCUAGGAUACAAAUUUUUGUCUUGUACAGACUUGAAAUAAGUUUGAGCAUAUAUUUAUCUGUGAAAAUAAGGACAAAUCUUGUUCUGUCAACAACAACAUUACUUUUCAUUUUCUUUGGUAAUUGACUUGCCUUUUUACUGACCACUUGUGAAUUUCUGUCUAAGGAUGUACAAUGUAAAAGAACUGCAAGGAAAAAACAAGUGUACAGAUUGUAAAGGUUUUUUUUUUUUUUUAAUAUCUAAUGUAAGUUUUCUUUGUGUAAUAUUUAUAUGAUAAAAGAUAUUAGGAUCUCUACCACA